CGUUAAGCCCUAAGGCAACACCAGGUAGACGAGUCAAUCGUGAGGGGUGAGAGAAUCGUUCAAUCUCUGUGUACACAAUAACCUAAGUGUUUCUCUGAACGUGGGGUGAAUAGGCCUGGUCUUCCUCGUGAGAGCGCCACAUCGAAUAGUGACGACACUUUAAGGAGUUUCAAUGAUGGACAAAAAUGUGGGCGUGUCAAUAUCGAGUGGUUAUUAAUCGGUUCAGCUGAUAUAAAGCAAGCGCUUGUGAAACAGGUGUAAAACCGCAGUGCACGUGUGUGGACCGAGCACCAUGGCUGAGGAGAGCUGUGUAUCUAUGUACAUCGCCACCGGCGUUGUCACCGUCACCGUUCUGCUGUGGUAUUUACGACGAGCAAAGACCAGGCAUGCGGAGCCCCACCCCCGGGAUACCGUGAUGCUGCACCAGUUGGGGAAGGGCGUCCACGUCCCCAGUAUCAGCCCCUUCGUCCUCAAACUCGAGACGUAUCUCCGGAUGUCCAGCAUACCAUACAAGAAUCUUUUCGACAGAAAAAUGUCCAGCAAAGGGAAAACACCUUGGAUUGAAUACAACGGGGAGCAAGUCCCGGACUCAGAAUUCUGCAUAGAAUACCUUAAUGCCAGGUUUAGUGUGGAUCUCAACUCCAAGUAUAACCCAUCAGAAAGAGCCAUAGGCAGAGCGUUCCGGAAGCUGGCAGAGGAAGACAUCUACUGGUAUAUUGGUCUUUCAAGAUGUGUGUACGAUAGAAACAAGGCUAUAUUCUCUCGGCUUGGGCUAAACUGGCUGGUUAAGAAGAUAUUAAUGCGGAAGGCGUUGACCAGUGCAUGGCAUCAUGGGAUAGGAAGGCACUCCGAGACGGAAGUGACGCAUAUUGCAGAUGGGGACCUGAAGGCUCUGUCAGACUUCAUAGGUGAUAGAAAGUUCCUCCUGGGAGACAGCCCGUGCCAGGAAGACUGUGCGGUGUUCGGGAUACUGGCCCAGGUUGUGUGGCAUAUGCCUGGAUCAGAGGGAGAGAGGGCAGUUAACGAACAAUAUACCAACCUGAGACAGUACUGUGUGAGAAUGAGAGACAUGUAUUGGCCAGAUUGGGAUGACAGAGUAUUGGAAAGGAUAUGACGUCCGCCCGAGGGACACGUACAAUUAACAGUCUGCCAAGAUUACCGCCCAGUUCUAAUUAAGGGAUCCAGCGAUCUUCGUGUACAAACGCUGUCAGGAUGGUAAUAUUAUCACAGCGAAUGUCUAUCAAAGGCCGGUGGUAUCGUCGACUGUUGCUUCAAUAAAUCCACCUGAUGAUGUCAAGGCCACGACGGGUGCGAUGGGGUAACCUAGUGGUUCAAGCGUUCGCUCGUCACGCCACAGACCCAGGUUCGAUUCUCGCAUGGGUACAAUGUGUGAAGAAUACUUUCUGCUGUCCGUCGCCGUGAUUAUGCAGGAAUAUUGCGAUGGCGGCGUAAAACCAUACUCCCUCGCUCUUGUCGAGCAUGUACCUAUAUUCAGUGUUUCAGGAACCACGGACAUAUUGGGAACCACGGAUAUAUUGGCAAUGAGAAAAAACACGACCAGUUGAAAGUACAUAUUGCUGCGCCGGAUACAGUGAAAUACACGUGAUUAUGAGAAUGUUUAUAUGUGUGCUUGUGGCAAUAUGUGGCGUGGUAUGUAUGCGAUUCUAAUGAAUUAUAAAUUAUGACAUGGUUGAAAGAUCUGAGUGAUAGCCGAACCCGUUCCCAAGGUGAUCGUAGUUAUUAUACCGCACAUUUGAUAUUUGGACGUUCCAACUGGAAGGGGCGUUGGGGUAGCCUAAUGGUUUAAGCGUAGGCUCGUCACGCUGACGACCCGGGUUCGAAUCCCCACAUGGGCACAAUGUGUGAAGCCCAUUUAUGGUGUCCCCCGCCGUGAUAUUGCUGGAAUAUUGCUAAAAGCGGCGUAAAACCCAACUCACUCACUCACUCCAACUGGAGAUGACACCGUCCGGAAUAUCAGGGCGUAACUGUGUGCGUCUCGUUUGUGUGCUGAUUGUCUAUUGUAACAUACUGAACCAAAUUUUAUUUCCUAAUUAAAACACGCAACGGUGUUUUCAGUGCAUUUACAUAUAUCUGUAUUCAUUUUGUAAGAAAUAAAACAUUAAGAAUAUUG